AUGAAAGGGCGCAAGCAGGUAAGAUUUGAAAUCAGUGCCAAUGUCUGUGUAAAUAUUUCCUUUAGUUCAACGAUGAUUUGCAUAAUAGGCUUUCCGACGUUGUCCCACCCACAAAUUGGCGACGCUUCCAUUGAGAAUACUAUCAAUUCUUCGCGUCAAGGAAGGUACCUCCGGUUUGCACCGAUAGAUUCGGGUUUUUCGAUGGCAGACGCUACAUUUCACUUCACAACACCUGAAUGUCAAAAGAUGUUAUUGGCAUUGGAUAUUUUUUGCCUAGUCGAUAGUGCUUACAUAUUAUUUAGGCAAAAUUAA